CCGAACAUCACCAAGCGAAUUCAAGAUUCCCUCGAUUUCUCAUCUCGAACCACAACACCAAGGUCAGCAUCGCCAUCAUGUCUGACAACGGGGAAAUCGAAGUCGAAGCCGUCUCCGGCUACCAGGUUCUUCCCAAGGAGGUCACUGAGGAAAUUGGCAGCAUCAAGCUGUUCAACAAGUGGAGCUAUGAGGACGUCGAAAUCCGCGACAUCUCGUUGACCGAUUACAUCCAAAUCCGCGCCCCAGUCUACAUCUCCCACUCCGCCGGCCGAUACGCACAAAAGCGAUUCAGAAAGGCACAAUGCCCCAUCAUCGAGCGUCUCACCAACUCCCUGAUGAUGAACGGCCGUAACAACGGAAAGAAGCUCAUGGCCGUCCGUAUCGUUGCACACUCCUUCGAAAUCAUCCACAUCAUGACAGACCAAAACCCCAUCCAAGUCGCCGUCGACGCCAUCGUCAACUGCGGGCCUCGCGAAGACUCAACCCGAAUCGGCUCCGCAGGUACCGUCCGUCGUCAAGCCGUUGAUGUCUCCCCCCUCCGCCGCGUCAACCAGGCCAUCGCGCUCCUCACAAUCGGUGCCCGCGAAGCUGCGUUCCGGAACGUCAAGUCAGUUGCUGAGUGCUUGGCCGAAGAGUUGAUCAACGCCGCGAAGGGAAGCAGUAACUCAUAUGCCAUCAAGAAGAAGGAUGAGCUGGAGCGUGUCGCCAAGAGCAAUCGGUAAAUGGAUUGUGUCUGUGUGGUGGUGGGCGUGUUUGCAUGGUAUGGAAUCGCAUGGGAAUGGGGUUUCGAUUUGCGUGCGUUUAUGGAGGGCAUGGGCGACUUCUGGCUGCGUUCUGAAUGUCACAUAGAUGGCUCAGUCGAAUACUAACGCUCCGAAUCCAUUGCGGCUCCGGAUUUAUAUGUGAAAAUGAGAAACGGGGGUUGAACGUGUGAGGUCAAUUCUCUCGCGGAGCUGGAAGUGAGCAGCUUUGACAGCUUGCAGAGAUUAUAGGAUAAUUUCAGCCUGCAGCAUUCAAGAGCAAAAGCAGCGUGUUCAAGUGCACACACUCUUUUUUCAUAGUCCUGCUUCAUUUGUUUUUCAACUGCCAUCAUGAUUGGACACUUUAGCGUCAUAUAGUCAGCCCAAAAUUGAAGAAACUGCGUCGCUCCUCCGCC